CACUUCCUGUGUAGCUAGUUCCUGUGUUGACAGAAACAGCAGAAGAGGAGGUGGGGUGGAGGGAGCAGAGCCAGGGAUUAGGGGGCCACUGAGGCUCUGGAGAUGAGACUGCCAGGAGUCCUUCCCCACCAUGAGCCCCCUCCACUCCUGCAGCUGGAGGAGUUUUUCCCAGUCUCGGUGCUCCCCUGGGGCGAGAGAGACUGAACAAGCUGUUUGGGUGGGAAAAAAGAGAAUGGAGGAAGUUGACAGGGAUGGGCGGGGCCCGUGGGGGGGCUGACCAGGAACCCAGCUUCCUGCUCAGUACCCAGGCAUCCAGCCCCCAGCUCACCCCCACCCCUUCCAGCCCCCACUCCCCUCAGGAACCCAAGGUUCCGGCCCUCUCCCAAAUCCCAGCCACCCCUCCCCCACCAGUUUCUCCCCUCCAGGGGAUGGAGGCUGAGAGACCCCAGGAAGAAGAGGAUGGUGAGCAGGGCCCCCCUCAGGAUGAGGAAGGCUGGCCCCCUCCAAACUCCACCACUCGGCCUUGGCGAUCUGCUCCUCCGUCCCCUCCUCCUCCAGGGACCCGCCACACAGCCCUGGGACCCCGCUCGGCCUCCCUGCUCUCCCUGCAGACUGAGCUCCUUCUGGACCUGGUGGCUGAAGCCCAGUCCCGCCGCCUGGAGGAGCAGAGGGCCACCUUCUACACCCCCCAAAACCCCCCAAGCCUAGCCCCUGCCCCACUCCGUCCUCUCGAGGACAGAGAACAGCUUUACAGCACCAUCCUCAGUCACCAGUGCCAGCGGAUGGAAGCCCAGCGGUCAGAGCCUCCCCUCCCUCCAGGGGGGCAAGAGCUCCUGGAGUUGCUGCUGAGAGUUCAGGGUGGGGGUCGGAUGGAGGAGCAAAGGUCCCGGCCCCCCACACACACCUGCUGAGACUUGAGCCCCCAACCAGCCCUUCCUCGACACUGGUCUCAAAGCUGGGCAGCCCAUUGCAUGCCCUCAACCCUUGCUUGGCAGGGGUACCAGAGACUGAAAGACACAGCACAAAUCUCAAUAUUCAUCUCCCACAUCACCUUCCUUGGGAACUGGACAGGGUUAAAGUCCUCAAACUCUGGGAACAGGCGAGGUGGAACGAGAAUUUAACUCCCCCCCAACAGGUCCAUGGGAGCUUCAGGCAGUAAGGGGGAUCCCAGGCACCCAUCUCAAAGAGUGGCUGGGAGUCUUUUCCCUAACUUGUGGGGACACCACCAAUUGUCAAGCUACUAGGCACUAGGGUCUGAGGGCUCAGGCCUCCACCUGAGAGGUUAUAACCUGAGAGACAGCUCCACCCUUCCUCCCAGUAAGAAGGGAAGGUGGGUGGGCACCUGAAAGAUUAAGACUAUUCUCCCAGUCCCACUACCAGCACCCCCCAUCCCUGAGACUGAGGGGUUUACAGGCUGUGAAUGGACCUUUAGCCCUGCCCACCCUCCCUCCCCACUGCUGCUGAGUCUGUCUGAUGUUUUGAUUGUGUGAAUAAAUGUAAUUCCCUCUGGA